UGAUGUAAGAACUUUUGGCUUAAAAAAUUGCAUAAUUAUCUGAAAAAGCAGCAGAUAAUGUUGAUUUCACAAAAACAGGUAUCAUAAAUUCUAUGUUUUAGAGGAAGUUUAUAAAGAAUUAAUAAAAAAUUUGAAUGAAGAUCUCUCUAUUGAAUAAUUAAAAUAAUUAGGAAAUCAAUUUGUAUAUAAUAGAAUAAUUAGUUUAGCUUGACUUUUUAUAAGUAUUGUAAUAAGAUGAAUUUAUUUGCAGAAAAAGAGCAAAGGAAGAAACAUAAGAUAAAGAUUAAUUAUUACAUAAGGAAUAUCCACAAUUAUAAGAUAAAUUAUAAAAAUUAAAACAAAAUUGUUAAGAAAUAGAUUUUAAUGCUAAAAAAGUAAAUGAGACUCUUAAAAAAUUACCAGAAAUAGAAGAAGCUAAUAGAAAAUCAAUGAAAGAUAAAUUUUAUGAAGAUGUAAAGGAUGUAAAAGAUAAGAUUCAAUAAGAAGAAUAAGAUGCUCAAAAAUUUGCAGAAGAAAAUUUAAAGUAUUUAUGUUUUCUUAUUUAAUAGAAUUCGUGAAGAAAUGCAAGCCUUGAUUGCAUAAUAUGAAUAAAAGGAAAAGGAUUUUUGGGAGAAAGUUAAAUAGAAUGAAGAGGAAUAAAAAAAUGAUACCAAGAAGUAUAUGGAAUAAUUUGAAAAAAUGCAGGGUGAUGCUUAAAAGGCAAUGCAAGAAAAAUAAUUAAUUUAAGAUGCAUAAAAAUAGUUAAAUGAUAAAAAAAUGAAAUUAUAAGUAUACAAAGGAAAAUAAAAUGAAUUUGUUGAGACAUUUGAGAAAUCAACAAGUACCUUCUAAAAUUUAACUGGGGAAUUCUUAAAAUUAGCUUUUAAAGCCAAAGAAGAUGAAGAAAAAAGUAUUUUAAAUUAAUAGAGAGCUGAUAAAGCUAAUUUAUUAACAGUAGAAAUAGCAUAAAAAGUAAUAUUUAUAAUUAUAUUUUAAAGAAUGCAGAUUUAAAAUUAUAAAUAGAAAAUAUUGAAAAAGAAAAAGAUAAAUUAAGAGCAGAAAUCUUAGAACUUAAUAAUCAAAAAAAAUUAUAAACCCAAAAUUAAUAGUAAUAAAAAACUAAUGGUGAAAAUUGAU